AUGGCCCCGAAUGUGGGCCCCCGAAUCGACAACCGUGCUCCUCUGAUGUACGUGGAAAAUGUGCUCAAAACGUCCAAGAUGGUACGGGACGUGGAGCGUCAGUGGGUGAUCGUCCGGGAAAACAAGGAGCUACUGAAACGUAUCAAUCAAAUCUUCCGAACAAAGGGUUACCUGAACGUCAACUACAACUAUCGCGUGCACCAGCCUCUAAAUUCGGAUGCCCGUGACCGGAAGGCGCGUGCAAUCGAACGUCAAAAUCAAGCACUGCUCAGUCGACUUCUGCGCCGGAAAGCAACGGUGGACAGCAACCUUCCCCGUGAGCGGAAAAUCCGCUGCUGGCAGACGGACCAUCAGCCCCGGAUGGUGUUAGAGUUUUGGGAACGAACGGAUCGACGAUUAUGUCAGCUGACGAUCGAUCUCUGCCCCGGGGUAUCCUUCGAUGAGAUAACGUCGCUCGGCCGGGGGAAGCUGUUUCGAAUUUACGACGGAACGCUGGUGGUGAUACGGGCCGGCUGCGUUCAUUCAGAUGUGGAUUUGCGUGACAAAUACGAUACGGUGCGCCACCUGGAAAGGGGUACGCUUGUGAGGCAGGUGGUGGAUGGAAGAGAAUACUUUCUCAUCACACUUCGUACGAUUGGGACGAUCGGAGAUGGGCAAUUGUUGGGGCGCGUUGUCGACGGUUCGAUGGAAAAGCUCGAUCUGAUCAAUUCUUAUGGCUCAAAGUUUGGUCGCUGUAAGGAACUGAUUUAUUUUGUUAGAGCUCACGUGUAA